GUUGUCUGUGUGUCUGUCUGUAUCUCAGGAGACCAGUUCUGGUGUCUGCUGGACAUAGUGCCCAUCAAGAAUGAGAAGGGAGAGGUGGUGCUGUUCCUGGUCUCCCACAAGGACAUCACAGAUACCAAGAAGGACGAGGGGGACCAUGGACAAGACUCAGACACUGACGAGGAGACAGGUCUGGAGGUGCACAAGAUCACCCGCCCCCCAGGCUUUGACAACAACCGCCGGCGUAGCCGGGCCGUACUCUACCAGCUGUCUGGACACUUGCAAAAACAGGACAAGAGCAAGCUCAAGAUCAACAACAGGAUGUUUGGGGCGACCCCCAACCCCAUCCCUGAGUACAAGGUAGCUGCCACCCCAAAGUCUCGCUUCAUCCUGCUACACUACGGGACCUUCAAGGCGGGCUGGGAUUGGCUCAUCCUCCUGGCCACUUUCUAUGUGGCCAUCACCGUGCCCUAUAACGUUUGCUUCACUGUGGUGGAGGGGCGGGACGAGGGGGGUGGCUCCGGGUCUCGCAACCCCCCCAGUUACAGUGACAUCUUGGUGGAGAUUCUGUUCAUCAUCGACAUUGUGCUGAACUUCCGCACGACCUAUGUGAGUACGACGGGUCAGGUGGUUUAUGAAGCCCGCUCUAUCUUUGUACACUACGCCACCUCCUGGCUGUUUGUUGACCUGAUCGCCGCCCUGCCCUUUGACCUGCUCUACGCCUUCAAUAUCAGCGUGUACUUUGGGGUCCACCUGUUGAAGACAGUGCGGUUACUCCGUCUCCUGAGGCUGCUCCAGAAGCUGGAGCGUUACUCUGAGUACAGUGCUGUGGUUCUCACCCUGCUCAUGUCUACUUUCGCCCUGCUGGCCCACUGGAUGGCCUGCGUCUGGUACUUCAUCGGACGCAAGGAGAUCGAGAGCAACAGCCUGAGCUCCUGGGAUAAUGGCUGGCUUCAUGAACUGGCAAAACGUCUCGACACCCCUUACUUCCUGUCACCUUUAACCUCGUUCCUCGGAGUCACUGAUUCGAUGCACACUUCUAUAACGAAUGGGUUGGCAGCCAAUUACAAUCACUGGAACGCAUCAGGGUCAGAGCCGAUUGGACAGGAUUUCUCCUCCUCCUUCAGCUCCGGCCAAUGGAACGUCAGCGGGGCGGGGCGGAGCCAGGUGAAUGGCUCAGGGGUCUCGGGGGCGGCGCUGGGAGGCGGGCCGUCGGUGAGGAGCUCCUAUGUGACGUCGCUGUACUUCGCUCUGAGCAGUCUGACCAGCGUGGGCUUUGGAAACGUCUCGGCCAACACCGACUCAGAGAAGAUCUUCUCCAUCUGCACCAUGCUCAUAGGAGCCCUGAUGCAUGCCGUGGUGUUCGGUAACGUGACAGCCAUCAUCCAGAGAAUGUACUCUCGGCGCUCCCUCUACCACACACGUACCAAGGACCUGAAGGACUUCAUCCGGGUACACGGGCUGCCCAAGGCCCUGGAACAACGCAUGAUGGAGUGCUUCCAGACCACCUGGUCCGUCAACAACGGCAUCGACGUCAGUGAGCUGUUGAAGGACUUCCCAGAUGAGUUGAGGGCGGACAUCGCCAUGCACCUGAACAAGGAGCUCCUGCAGCUGUCUCUGUUUGAGUCGGCCAGUAGGGGGUGUCUGCGCUCCCUGUCCCUCAUCAUCAAGACAUCGUUCUGCGCCCCGGGAGAGUAUCUCAUCCGCCAGGGAGACGCCCUGCAGGCCAUCUACUUUGUCUGCUCUGGGUCCAUGGAGGUGCUGAAGGACAACACUGUGCUGGCUAUACUGGGUCGUGGGGACCUGAUCGGCUCUGACUCCCUGACCAAGGAGCAGGUGAUAAAGACCAAUGCCAACGUGAAGGCCCUGACCUACUGUGACCUGCAGUACAUCAGUCUGAAGGGGCUCAGAGAGGUGCUCUGGCUCUACCCAGAGUACGCCCAGAAGUUCAUCACUGAGAUACAACAUGAUCUGACUUACAAUCUGAGAGAGGGGCAUACGGCUGAGAUGGACUGGGUGAGUAACGGUGGUAUCGUGAAGAAGCUUUCUUCCAUCAAAGAGGACGAGGAGGGGUCUGAGGAGGAUCAACACUUGCCCCUCCCCAAAAUGCCCCGUUCCCCUCUGGGUCUGGGAUGGGGGCUGAGCUCGCCCCUGCGCUCCCCACUGCGCUCGCCCCUGCUGCCCCCGCGUCGCCCCUCCCGCGCCCCCACCGACCACUGCAGACACCGUCCCAUCACCCUCCAGAUCCCUGUGGUGAGCUUCAGUUGCGUCCCUCCGGACCUCAGUCCCAGGUUUGUGGAUGGCAUUGAAACAGACAGUGGUAGUAGUUUGGGCCAGAAGUUUGACUUCAGCCCCUGUGUGACCCAGAGCAUCCCAUCCAGCUCUAGUCCAGGAAUCCAGGAGGAUGCAGAGACCGUGCAGACUGUUACUAAACUGAAAGAAGAGAUGACUAGCCUAUCCCUGCAGGUGUCACAGGUCAGCCAGGACCUCCAAGAAUUGACACGGCUGCUCAAGCCCCUCCUCCAGCCCGUCCUCCUCCAGGGCUCCUCCCAGUCCGUCCUCUCAUCCCUGAUGGCCGCCCUGACUCCACCUACCAGUGUGACUCUCAGUAGCGCCGCCCCUCCAACUCCCACACCCCCCUCCAACACCACCUUACUGCUGUUGGAAGAUACAGAGAUAGGGGGACAGAGGAGACACCCAGACCGCCGCUUUCAGACACCUUCCAGGGGUCUGACAACCAUCCCUCUGCCCCAUCCUCACUCGGCUUCCAUAGGGGCAGAGUUGACCUCGACUAGCCCUGUUCAGCUCAGCUUCAUUGACGAGGACAGGCCCACUGUCUGAGAGAGAGGAUUCACCAACACAGGACUGGCAUGAAUGAGACUGGCAUCAUGGCAUGGCUGGCAUGACACCCCUCAUAUCACUGCAUGAGACACAUGCCCAUGGCUACCCUGAGUUACUGUUUAUUUAAUACUAAGAUAACAUUAAGUAAAUUAUUAUUACCAAAUGUAUUUAUUCCUAAUAUGAAAUGUUAUGAACUGAGAAGUUAUUGUUAUACCAUAUCUAUCACUGGCUAUGAUCAAAUGAAAUACAUAAAAAAUAUAAAAGUCUUGUUUUACAGUUUAGGCUCUAGAUUUGGUUUGACGCAGAGUGACUGCAGACAGGAUCUUGUAUAUUGGUUGUCGGCUGUGGAUGUAUUAGAUAUUGUUAGACUUAUACCACACACAAUAAAGACGCAACUCGUCAGCU